AUGCAGUUCUACCCCAAAGCGCGACAACAGCGGCCUAGCAUCCACCACCCAGAUGUUAGGCCGCUUCGAUUGGGUCUUCUAAAGGCAGCUACAAUCAAUCUUUUGCUCCUCCAAUUUCUAUUUUUGGGUCUAUUCUGUUACAUAUUUGGCGCCCUCUUCCAACAGUCUGGACACACCCACAGCCUCAAUAUUUUGUUCGUUGAUUACGAUGGCGGCGCGAUAGGCGAUGCGGCCCGUGUCGCCUAUCAAAAGCUCAAAGGACCCAGUUUUCCAACCUUCGUUGAGCGACCUGCCUCCGUGUACCCUCAGCCUGGCUCUAUUGAAGGUGCAGUGUGCGACAUUGAAUAUUGGGGAGCGCUGUACACCACAGCAAAUGCGUCGAACGCAUUAAGCGCCGCGUUUUUGGGUGGAUCAGCAGCCUCUUCGUACGACAAGACCAAUGUUCUCACCAUGGUGUGGAACGAAGUGCGCUACCCGACAGUCGUUGACUCAGCCAUUGCACAAAGCAUCAAAUUACUCUCGGAAACGGCGCGUGUUGCGUACUCACAGGCUAACGCGAAAGAUGCUCUACAGAGUAUCAACAGCUCUGAUCCCGCUGCGCUUGCAGCAUUUUAUGACCCUUGGACAUUGGCCGACCACAAUAUUCUAGUCACGACACAAGGGUCAAGGGCAAUUUACAACACGCUAGUUAUCAUUUUAAUCCUCAUCCAGGAAUUCUUCUUUCUGGGCACUGUCAAUGGGUUAUACGGUCAAUUCAAACUCUACACAUCGGUAUCACCUCAUCGUAUUGUCAUCGCGCGCCAAAUUAUCUCUUUGGCCUACACACUCAUCGGAGCCAUGUGUACAGCAGGUGCAAUCUGGGCAUUCCGAAGUGGCUGGGAUGUUAACGGAAACCAGUUCGCCCUCAGUUGGUUGGCAUUAUGGCUCUUUGCGCAUUUGAACUUCCUCGUGCUAGACGUUUUCACCAUCUGGAUUCUACCCCCCUACAUACCGAUGGCACUGAUAUCGUGGGUCAUCUUGAAUAUCACCUCUAUUAUUCUCCCAUUCGAGCUGUCGCCUGCUUUCUUCAAAGUCGGCUUCGCCUUACCAGCACAUGCUAUCUUCCAGAUACUCCUCGACAUCUGGUCUUCUGGCUGCAACCCCCAACUCUAUUUCUCGCUGCCUGUUCUCUUCGUCUACGAGGUUCUUGGUAUCGUCUUGAGUUCCAUCGGUGUAUAUAGAAGGGCCCAUUAUGCAUGCAUCAAACAAGAACUGGACGAAAAAGCCUCUGAAGAGCGAGUGACCACCAUACUCCGCGAGCAGCAAGAGGCUCAACUGGUCAGACGGGAAACGAAUGAUGUCGAAGGAAGUGGGACAUCGGACAGCGAGGAUGAGGCAAGGGGUAUGCAAAGACGAGACACGGGAACGACAGCAGACCGAGCGGAUUUGGUCAACAUCAUGAGCCGCGAGAUGUCACGGUCGAAGGCCGACAGACCAGAUACAAGCCGAGAUAGCACCGGGCCGUCUUUUGCCUUGGCCUACAAAUAUUGA